AUCCCACUGAAGCAAGGAAUUACAAUACUCCGCAUCCUCUCUACUCACGAUGGAUGCUGAUAAAGAUCAUUUAAGCUAGGAAAGGACCGAUAGAAAAACAAACUCGGUUCAUGAAGUGUCCCAUCUCACCUGUUACCAUUUCUGGUAUACUCCCUCAUCUCGCGAAGAGGAAAGAAACUCUAAUUAUAAGUGUGAUUACGGCUAUUGAAAUACACAAGGAUUUGGCAAUGGGUCUAUGAAUUCGUACUGGUGGUAAAGUAAGACAAUAUGAAGUUCACGGUGACUCCCUGGGUGUGGAGAAUGGUAUAUAUGGGUGAAAAUUUGGUAAAUGAGCCAUUGUGAUUUUGAUCAGCUAGUAGGCAACAUGUUUUCGAAACUGGUAGUGGUAGCUUUGUUCUUGGCUGUAGCAAACUCAGCCUACACCGGACCACUAGCUGGUGGACAAUCAGCAGCCCAGUUUCCAGCUGGAAUAGAUCCUCAAGCUUGCCCAAACUAUCCCAUCUGUGAAAAUCCAUCAGUUGCCGUUAACCAAGUUGCUGCUUCAGCCUAUGCCUCCCCUUACCAAACACCCCAAUACAGUCAAGCCCAAUAUGCUCAACCUCAAUACACCCAACCUCAAUACAGUCAACAACAAUAUGCUCAACCCCAAUAUGCUCAACCCCAACUAGAUCAAUCUAGAUACACCUCAAGUCCUGCCCAGCAAUACAAUCUGCAACAACCCGCAGUUCAACUCCAACAAAGACAAUAUAACCUUGCUCAACCACAAUUUGCUCCUAAUCAAGCAUACAAGAGUGCUCAGCCUCAAUAUCCCUCACAUUUGCAAGCUGCUUUAGACAGAGGAGAAUACAUUGGUGAUGGAGACUAUCACGGUGAAGGACUCGCUGAAUCCGGAGCUCAAGCCCAAGGACCAGUAGCCCAAGCAUAUAAUCCAGCAAGCUACCAACAAGCUUAUUCCGCCCAGCAACAAUACCAAGCUGCUGCCCAAAUACCACAGCAGCAAUACCAAGUUGCUGCUCAAAUACCACAGCAACAAUACCAAGCUGCUGCCCAACCUGCAGCUUACCACGGAGCUCAACAACCAGCAGAAUUGCCUGCAGGUUUGGCACCUGGAGCUUGCCCUAACUAUCCCUUUUGCCAGCAAUAGGCUGAAAGAAGCUUUAAGUUUUGUUAGUUAAGUUUUUUAAGCUGUGAAUACCUCUGUAUAAUUUAUUUCAUUAAAAAAGAAUAAUUCAUA